UGUCAGCGAGAGCGGUCGAGAGCAGCAGACUAGCAGAGUCUAGAAGCAUAUCUUUUUUUUUGUGCACCAGCAACAGACGAAACCGACACCGAACAACACACAACAUGCUGAAGUGGACGGCAUCGGCGCAGCGCCUGAACGAGAUGCCCGCGCAGGAUCAGGAUGCCAACCAGCCACAGAGGCUGCGACAGCAGAGGAGGCAGCGCCGCCAGCGGAGGGCCACCAUUGCCAACAAGGAGAACGUGCCCGACACCGUGGGCUACACCUCCACGCCAGUGCCCAUUUCCCGGCUGCUCAACAGUCCGCUGGUGCUGGCGCCGCUUAGCGAUAUCCGGAAUGUCACCCCGGAGGCGGUGGUCCGCGGUCAGGCGCCACAAAGGGUGCAGAGUGUGCGGUACGCCACCACCUUGCCACGUUUUGCCGAGGACUACUCGCCCAACGGACUGCCCAGUGGCCAGCACUUGGCGCUGAGGGGUCUGGCUGCAUUGGAUCCCUUUCUGGGCCAGCCGCGCUACAUAGUGGGCGCGGGUGCAGGAGUUACCCGGCUCAGGCAGCGCAGGCUGGACGAGGACUUUGUGGCCACCUUGGAGCCGGAGUUGCGGCAGCCGGAAGCGCCGGCAGUGCCGGCAGUGCCGGAAGUGCCGGAGCCGCCCACCAACAAGGCGGCAGUACGUCCAAGUACACCGCAGCCCGCCUCCACCCAGAUGGGGGAUCAGACCCUGGAUCGCCUCAUCGAUGCCAUCUUGGACUCCGCCUGCAAGGCGAGUGCCAGCAGCAAGAAGAAGCCAAGGAGAUCGACCUUCAAUCUGCGCAGGCGCACCUUGGUCAAGCAGCAAAUGGAGUCGAACUGCCCCCAGGAGGUGCUGUCGCCAUCCUAUGCACCUGGCGACGAUCCGGCUGCGGACCUCAGCUUUGGCCUGGUCCCGCUGCCCAUGCAGAACCUGAUGGCCACUCCGGAGCCGGCCUCGCCUCUGGCCAAGAUUCCCCACAACUUGCUCGUCCAACUGGCCACGCCCGUGGCCACCAAGCCUGCGCCCUGCGACAACACCUUCUGCCUGGAGACUCCGGUCAAGGCCCUGAAGCGGACCCGCAAGCAGAUCGUGGCCAAGGAGUCGCCCAUCAAGCGCUACAAGGUGGACGAGCGCAACUACUUCGAGGUGGGCUUGGCGCUGCCCUCAUCUAUAUAUGUCUGAGCGGAGGUCCUUGCAAGCAGAUCCACAAAGGAUCUGGGAAGCCACAAAAAAAGGAGACGAGCAACGAAAUGCGAGUUGCAGACGAGAAGGCGAGCAACGCUGACA